GCCAGAUCGAUUCAAUUCGGCGACAACGACCUCUGGCACUUCACAUUCCCUUCGUUUUGUAUGUUGACGCUCUGUAAUUAUAGAUUUUCUCUCGAUUCUUGACGAUAGAUCCCCAUUUUGUGACCUACAAACAGAACCCAGAAUGCAACGAUGAUCCUCCGAUUGCAGCGGCUUGCCCUCCUUACGGCCCUUGUCGGGCUCGCUCUUUCGUCUCUUUGUGCUGGUGAGGCGGUCGACAUUCCAUCCGACGCCACCGCAGCCUCUCUUGUGGCCUUGGGCAAGGCGGCACGAGCACGGGGCGCAAAUGGCGAAGCCCUCGCCUACUUCGACGCAGCCGUAUCAAAAGACCCCUCGGACUACAUCACGAUCUUCCAACGAGGCGCGACAUACCUUUCCUUGGGUCGAAAUGCACAAGCGAGUUCCGAUUUCGAUGCCGCGUUGAAACUGAGGCCGGGCUUCGAGGGGGCCCUGUUACAGAGGGGUAAGAUCAGAGCAAGAAACGCGGAUUGGGCCGCGGCGAAGGAAGAUUAUCUGGCGCUGGGUAGUAAAGGCGCCGAAGAGCUCUCACAGCUUGAAGAGGCAGAAGGAGCGGCAUAUCUGGCCGUGGAGGCGGAGAAGAAGCAGGAUUGGGAGGCGUGUAUAAACCAAGCAGGCAUAGCCAUCAUGACUGCUGGAACCGCACUCUCUCUCCGACAACUUCGCGCGAGAUGUCGCUUUGAAAGGGGCGAGGUGCAAGAAGGACUGAGCGACCUCGCACACGUCCUCCAGAUUCACCCUGGUUUGGUUGAACCUCACCUCCAAAUCUCCGCCAUGAUGUUCUACAGUCUAGGUGACACGGAGCGCGGUCUCACGCAAAUCAAGAAAUGUCUCCACUCAGAUCCGGACUCGAAGCCGUGCAAGGCGCUCUUCCGCGAAGAGAAACGCCUCUUGAAAGACGUUGACCAGGUCAAAACUCUAAUGGAGAAGCGGCAAUUCAACUCGGCCGCCAAAAUCCUGGUCGGCAAGGGUGGUGAUGAAGAACCAGGCCUCCUGUCCGAAAUUCAGUCAAACAUCCACACCCACCGCACAGAUGGCAUCAUCCAUGCCAAAGCGCCUGCGGACCUGUACACGAGUCACGUCGAAAAGACGUGCGAAGCCUACCUUGCCAUCAACAACCUUGCCAAGGCGGCGAAAUACUGUGCGGAGGUUCCCGAUUCACUCCACGGACUCUUGUUCCAAGCGUCGCGACACAUGGAGUCCGAGGCCUACGAAGCUGCCAUCUCGACCCUCAACACGGCGCGUGAUAAUUAUCCCGACGCCGGCAACACCAUCAAUCAAAAACUCAAUGAUGCCCAGGUCGCCCUGAAACGGAGCAAGACGAAGGACUACUACAAGGUUCUCGGUGUCUCACGCGACGCCGACGAGCGAACCAUAAAGAAGGCAUACCGCACCGCGACGAAGAAUUUCCACCCCGACAAGGCAGCGGCCAAGGGUCUGAGCAAGGAAGAAGCGGAGAAAAAAAUGGCCGCCAUCAACGAAGCGUACGAGGUUCUGGGAGAUCCUGAACUGAAAGCUCGGUUCGAUAGAGGUGACGACCCCAACGAUCCACUUUCCAAUCAGGGUGGAAAUCCAUUCCAAGGAAGCCCCUUUGGUGCAGGAGGACAACAACAAUUCUUCUUCCAACAAGGGGGUGGCUUCCCUGGCGGUGGUGGUCAGAGACAAUUCAAAUUCUCGACUGGAGGGGGCGGUGCUGGAGGAGGCGGGGGAUUCCCAUUCGGGGCCUUCCCCGGCUUUGGUUAAGAUCCGGUCUCCCGUCUACCUACCUAGAGGUUAGGUCUUUGAACUCAGAAUCACACUUGCAGGGACGGAGUAUGGACGGAUUGGUCUCGACUGUGUCAAAUGCGAGCGAGCCUUUUACCUGCCUGCCCUAUUCGAUUAGACUCAUCAUCCUUUGAGACAGCUCCUUACCUCUUUUGCUGCCGCGCCUGUCAUCCUUGCCCUGACCAUCUAGAGGUCCUUUAUCAGUUCCUGCUCCUGGCGUUGUUUUUUUUUGGCUUUUUCCCUUUUUUUGGUGUUUGUCUCAAACAGCGACAAGGGCUUUUUGGGGGGGGGUGGGGGGUUCUAGGGCGAACUUGAUUCUGUUUCUCAAGUAUGAUAUCACUAGGUACCUAGGAUCAAGGAGCAAGAGCAAGGGCGAGGACAAGGGUCAGUGUAGGGGCCAGAACAACGCUCACACUCUCUGCCAGAUAGUGUUGGUACGGGAAUACUCCGUGCUCUGUAGAAAGAAACGAAACGAAAUGAAACCUUUUUUUUUUGAUACCCC